GCCCUUCCAUGAGCGCUGGAGUGGGUGCCAAGUCGUAAGAUAGUGUGUGCGUUGUGGUCCCCAUAUCAGCGGCAGACGAGCGUGGGAUCACUCACUUUUUCGGGUGCUGCCGUUGUCGCUAUCGAAUCUUCGCGUCUCCAUGCGAUGACUGUACAAUGAUCGACUGCCUGCAUCGAUCUGUGUUAAAUCGGAUAGUCGCGAACGUAAACCUCGCCUCCUCAGGCUCGCAUUGGUGCCGUGUUCAUCGCACUGUCCGCAGUUCGCUGUACGCCAUGCUUCCUGCAAAGUUCGCUCACACUAUUGCCGAUGAAGAUCUGCCACAUAGUCCAUAUGAGGCUGCGAUACUUCACCUGAACUCUUUGCAAUCGAAUGCUGAGAAUAUCCAGAAAAUCAGGGAAAAACGAGGCCUCCUACAGGAAACAAACAUUCCAGACAUGGUGCUGAAGCUCCGUAAAUGUGGAAUAGAACUUGAUGCGCUGGAUCGACUGAAUGUCAUCCAUGUGAGUGGUACAAAAGGAAAAGGGUCGACAUGUGCCUUUGUAGAAUCCAUCCUCAGACAUCUGGGAUUCAGAACUGGCCUCUACACAUCACCUCAUCUGGUGCACGCACGUGAAAGGAUACGAAUUAAUGGGAAGCCUAUCAGCGAGACACUUUUUGCUAAACAUUUCUUCACCGUCUAUAAUAAACUUAAGCAGAAAACAGAUGAAGGAGACAUGCCACCCUACUUCAAGUUUCUGACGCUUUUGUCUUUUCACGUUUUUAUCGAGGAGUGUGUUGAUGUAGCCAUAGUCGAAGUUGGAAUUGGUGGAGAGUAUGAUGCCACGAAUGUAGUCCAACAUCCUACUGUUUGUGGAAUUACCACCUUGGAUAUCGACCAUACCUCCAUACUUGGUACCACUUUGACGGAAAUCGCCUGGCACAAAGCUGGUAUUCUAAAAAAGGGUUGCCCUGCGAUUGUUACUCCGUUAUGCGAACAGCCUCUCAAGGUAGUGACGGAUCGUGCCGAGGAACGGGGCGCUCUGCUCAGUAUCGCACCAUUGUAUCAGUACUACACAUUUGAGGGAGGAGCGGUAUCAGCUGGGAUAGCUGGCGAUCAUCAGAAAGUAAAUGUCUCCCUAGCGCUCCAGCUUGCAAGAGCUUGGCUGAAGCAAACACAAAGAGAAGCUGAGGUAUUCCCGGAUAGCAGCGAGGAUAAUUGGGAAAUGGGAAGUUCAUAUUUUGUACCGAAAUCAAUGGCUGAAGCUAUAGAGUCAUGUCACUGGCCUGGCAGAAGUCAGAUCGUGUUGAAGGAUAGGAUAAAAUAUUAUUUGGAUGGUGCACACACUCCUAAAAGUAUGGAGGUUUGCUCGAAAUGGUUUGGGGAUGCUGUCAAUAAAUCUUCACAAAAGAAGCGUGUUAUGGUAUUCCAGUGUACUGCUGAUAGGAAACCGUCAAGUCUACUGCCUCAUCUCAGCCGACAUGCCUUUGACUUUGCUCUGUUCUGUCCAACUGCCCUAAGUGUUUCUCCCGACAUCAAAUCAGAUCUCACCAAUUUCAAUGCAUCUGCUUUCGAGCAACGGAAACGUAGUCAUCUGUGCGCUUCCACAUGGAAGGAAAUUGGCACUGGGGAAGUUCAUGUUUUUGACUGCAUAUCUUCUACAGUAGACUGGAUAAAGAAGCUUUCUGAAACCGAGGAGUUGGAUGUGCUGGUUACAGGAAGUUUGCACCUUGUCGGCGGUGUGCUAUCCAUCAUAGAGCCAUCCAUAGAUUAGUUAUUAGUUUAGCUGACAAUGAGUUGCUAAUCUCGGAAAAGUAAAUGUGCCAUUAUUACAAUUAAUUGUGAUAACCUCGUCAUCUCCUUUUUAUUCAUGUAUCUAAUUAUAAUACUUGGUUGUGGGAUUUUCUCUUCCUAUGUUGUGACUAUUGUAGUUUCUUAUUAUGAUUCAUGUGUUUUUAUAGGGUAGUUUCAGUGCCUUCUUGGUUGCAGUCUUGCCUUGAGUUGCUAAAAUUGUUGUAUACGUAAGGCUAUCAUAUCGGUUUGUGU